GUAUAAGGUAAGAUUGAAAUACUGUAUUUUAUUAUAAUUAAAUUAUUUAUUAAAAAUAUGAUUAAGAUAUUAUAGACAAUCGCUUGGUAGGUACACAGUUUGAAGUUUCCCAACUACAUAUUAUGAAAGUCUGGUAAAUCAGAAGCAUUCGAUUGAAUACUUUGAGACUCUGGUGAUGCUUGGUACUGCGAUGUAAAAUAGCCUUGUGAUUGUGCCACAUUUGGUUGAUAGUUGUAUGUUGAUGAGUGUGCAGGAGACCAUUCAUUUCGGUUCUUUAUAUUUUGCAAUAAAUUUAAGACGCCUGAUUGAAAUUCUAAUGUUUGAUUAUCGUUUAGCGUUGCCAAUGAUGGAAGUAGACUUUUAAAGAAAAACAAAUUACGGUCUUCUUUCAUUUCUUCUUUCUUCUUGCAUUCCAUUUGAUAAUCUAUAAACUCACUCAUUUUCUUAUCAAACACGUUUAAAUUCUGCCUCGAUAGUCUGCUUUUUUUUCUUUUCGAACCACCUACUAAAUUUUCAUUAUUACUUUCUUGUUGACUUUCAUCUGUAGCAUCUUGAUUAUUUGCGACAUCUUCACCGAAUAAAUUGUCCUGAGCCAUCGCACUGUCAUGGGUAACAUCUGAUGUAACUGUAGCGGCUGUACUAUCGUCUGCUGGGUUUGGUGUAACAAUAGUUGCACUAUCAUGUGUGUCAGCUGGCGACACAAUUUUUUUUAAGAACAACAUUUGACGAUGAUAAACGUAGGCUCUCGGACAUGUCGCAGACGAUCCUGAUUUUUUUGAUUUCUUUUUCUCAUUAAUACUCCUCAUCCAGCUGUCUCUAAUAUUAGUCCACUUCUUUACGAUCGAUUUAGCUGAAAAAUAUAAUUAAAUUUACUUGCAGAUAUAUGGCUUCUGGGUGUUCAUACAAGGAUUUACAUUACGCCUACCGAGUCGGAGUGUCUACGAUCAGUAACAUUAUUAAGGAAGUAACGAAUGCUAUUUGGAACAAUUUGCAUGGGGAGUUUAUGACAUUACCCAACACAAUAUCUGACUGGGAAUAUAUCGCCAAUGGAUUUAAUACUAGAGCAAACUUUCCCCAUUGCAUUGGUGCAGUGGACGGUAAACAUAUUAGGAUAAAAAAGCCAAACAACAGUGGUUCCAUGUUUAUGAAUUACAAAGAUUUCUUUUCCAUCGUAUUAUUAGCAGUGGUUGAUUCAUAUUAUAAAUUUACAUACAUCUGUGUGGGCUCGUAUGGAAAAGAAUGCGAUUCGACAAUAUUCAAGGAGUGUACUUUUUGGAAAAAACUAAUAGAUGGUGAUUUGCAAUUACCGGCAGCAUGUCCACUGACAAACGAUUCCGAUUUAUCGAUUCCGUUUGUAGUAAUAGGCGAUGAAGGUUUUGGCUUGCAUCAACAUUUGAUGAGACCUUACGGCGGAAACCAUUUGGAUAGAAACAAAAGAAUAUAUAACUACAGAUUAACCAGAGCUCGACGCUAUGUUGAGUGCGCCUUUGGGAUAUUAGCUAACAAGUGGCGAAUAUUUCAUCGUCCACUGGAUGUUGAUACCAGCACAGCAAUAUCGAUUGUAAAGGCUUGCACUGUACUUCAUAAUUUUAUAAUAGAUAUGGAAGGUGUACAGUCGAACAUAGAAACAACAAGCAAUGUAUCAUCAGUGGUUAACGUGUUCACAGAUGCACCCAAUGAACAAAAUAGUACACGAGGUGGACGAUGUGCUAAUGUUAUACGAUCUGAAUUCACAAAUUAUUUUAUUUCUACAGCAGGAGCUGUGCCUUGGCAAGACGAAUCAAUCUAACGUUAAUUUUGUAACACACUGCUAAUGUACAAAUACUUAACCUGUUUACUUUAAAAAAUUACAAACUUACCAUAAUCCUGCCUGUUUUUCUCCUCCAUUUCUUCAAAAUCUUCAUUUAAAUUUAUACAUAUUUCUCGCCAGCCAGCAGUUCUCAAGUUUUUAUCCUUGUAUAUUUCGAGAGUUUUGUCCCAUAAAACUGGCCGAUUUUGGACAAGAGAAAUUAAAUUUUCAACGUUUAUAUUUUUCGUCGUCAUAGCGAGCGGUCAGUCAAAGCGGGCGAAAAGAACUGGCGACUGGCAAGCGCACGUGCAGUGUGCCCCUCCCGCCCACCCCUCCUUCCCAGCUUGUGCGACGCAUUCGGUUUCAAGGUCCGACAAAAAACCGAAUCUACCCCUGCGUGUAUCGUAUGAACGCCUGUAUUGAAUGCCCUAUACCACUGUAUCGGAUCUGCAUUUUGCAGUAUCGCCGGAUCGGUUUGUAGUCGCAAAAUCGGAUGUCAACUUCAGCAAGAUUCGGCUUUUUUGUCGUGUCUUGAAACCGAAUGCAUGUGUGAACUCCUUCAUUGAAAUACUUAUGCCACUAAACCGAAUCCUGCAAAAAACCGAUUCGGUAGAGAAACACUCGACGCCGUGUGAACGUACCGUAAUGAUGCACAUAUUUAAAGUUUCAUAUUUAUUACCAAAAACAUUGACUUAUGUAUGUAGGACAUUUUCACACAAUUCGUUAACA